AGUGAGUGAGGCCGAAUGCCAAGCCCUCCCCACCGCUGGUCCAGGCCCUGGAAAAACACUGUGUCCUGUGUUGGUCCAGGAGGGCUGUUGGCCCUUGAUCCGUGGAUGUCAUGGAUGCCGCCUGAAAUCCCAUCGCUCUGCAUGCUGGGGGGCGCCCUCCUCCAACUGUGCUGGAGGCCAGGACCUGCCCCUCCUCACGCUGGGCCCACCCUCCCCCAUGUUCCCAGAGAAUGACACAGCCCCUUCCUGCCUCUCCCGUGCUCAGCCUGCCCAACACGCGGAGGUGCGUCUCCUGAAGCGGAUCCAGUCCUGGGAGCUGGGCUCUGAGCUGCCCUACGAGGUCACCUGCUUUCAGUCCUGGAGCCCCUGCUGUAACUGUGCCAAACAACUGGCCCGGUUCCUGGAGGAGAACAAACACGUGACCCUGAGCAUCUUCGCCUCCCGCCUCCACACCAUGGAAGACUAUGAGGAGGGGUUGCGCAUCCUGCGGAGUGCCGGGGCCCACAUCGCCAUCAUGACCUCCCAGGACUUUGAGCACUGCUGGGACACCUCUGUGGACAACCACGGAAAUCCCUUCCAGCCCUGGAACACGCUGGUCUCUCAGAGUCAGAAGCUAUCUGAGAAGCUGAAGGUCAUUCUCAAGAGGGCUGAGGACGGACUUCAGUGUCGCUAAGAUGGUAGGAGACCUCUGUUGGACAGCAGAAGAAAUCCCUUCCUCCCGAGAAAUGUACACUUGGCCUUCACCGCCCUCUGUAGACGGAUGUCAAGAAGCCAGAGAAAGGCAAUGAGCCCAGAGCAAAUAGUCUUAAAAAAAUAAAAACCAAAUAGUAUUACUCAUCAUUGCAAAAUCUAUCUUCUGUUCCAAACACACAUCAUGAAGAUUGCCCUCACCGCUGUCAGAAGCAUUUCCAGAGUUUAGAGAAGUAAUUACUUCAUUGAUUUUAAAUGCAAACAAUAAAAUGAAAUGUGAAGGA